CUAUAUAUGAAGGUAACCAGUCCUAUAUAAUAGCUUCGUCACCAUUUGUCAUCUAUAAUACCCUCUCUAAAUACUAAAGCACCCUCUUGAACACCACAUCGUCUAGCCUAAUUUCCUAACGAUGGCUGUCGAUUCGGUUUUAGGGUCAAUUUGCUACGAUGAUGUCGAAAAGGAAGAAGAACAAGAAGAAUACAUAGAUAUGGAAGUAAGUUCGUACAAAACUCUUAAUCUUUUCUGUCACACGAAUCCAAGCGAGUUCGAGUUCCAGAUGUUUUCAAGCUCAUCAGAUAGAGAAUUAACCACGACUUCUCCAGCUGAUGAGCUUUUCUACAAAGGAAAACUCCUCCCUCUUCAUCUCCCACCACGCUUGCAAAUGGUGGAAAAGCUCCUACAAGAUAAAAGCAUGGACACUUUCGACGAGUUCUUCAGCACCCCAUUAGACACUAGCCCCUACGCUACACCUAUCGCAAACACCCCAUUCCGAUCAUGCAAUGUUUCACCUACGGAAUCUUGUCAGGUCAGUAGGGAACUCAAUCCAGAAGACUACUUUCUUGAUGAUCAUAGUACAGCUGAAAACCCUAAAAAAUCUUGGACCAGAAAGCUUACGUUGACAAAGCAAUCUUCUAUUGGGUUGAAACUAAAGGCGUCGAGAGAUUAUCUAAGGUCUUUCUUCGGUAAACCGAGUGCGGAAGAAUCCAGAAACAAAGUUCCAAGAACCAGCGGAAAGAAGAAAGAAAAGGGUGAUGGACAUCGUCAUCGAAGAUCAUUCUCUUAUGCGAUCAAGAGAUUUUCCACGACAAACACUUCAUCCGGGACUUCAUCGUUUUCAAGUUCGAGUGAUUCUAACAGCUCUAAUCUUGAGUUUCGGGUUCACCAACAAAGAAGCAUCAACACAGGUUCUGAUAUUGAAAACCAGAUACAAAGUGCGAUUGCUCAUUGCAAAAGGUCAUCACAACAGCAAUUACAUUCAAGGAAAACCGUAAGUGACAUGGGUUUUUGCUCUUUAGCAGCUUCAAGAAUAGUGUGUGAUGAUAAAGAAAGACAAGUACUUUGUAGGGGUUGAUACAUAAAUUUGCAAAAUUUUGUGUUGUUUGUGCAAGGAUUCAAACUUGAAGGGUGUCUUGUACUGUAUAACAUGUUAUUGACUUCUUUGAGUGACUGAUAUUACAACGUAACCCCCAUCCCAUCGUAUCUAAUCAAAUCUAUAACCAAACGUAUAUUAUCAGUAUCGG